GUGUAUUUGUGUAAAAUAAGAAAUAACUGUGAAGUUGUAAACUGUACAGUCAUUCAGUCAUAAUCUGAAAUUUGAAUUCUGCAGUUAGCAGUGUUUUUUUUCGCAUUUUGCAAUCAUGUCUGAGAGUUGCCAGAGUAUCAAUGCGGAAAAGAACAACCUCGAGACCCUCGUUGGUCUGCUGAUGCACGACUGCCACGAACUGGUCAAUCGCCUGGACGAUCUGAAAUUCCUCAACUACAAAAUCUUCGCUGAGGUGUGGAAGGAAAUGCGCUUCUCCAUGAUCUUCUGGCGUCCAACCCUGGAUUCGGCCCUCGAGAACGCCGAAUUGGUGCUGCUCGUGGCCAAAGACAUGGUUUUGCCACCGCACUCGCUGUCUCGGCGACUCUGUGCCAUGUAUUUGCUCUACGGCGUUUACUUCAAGCAACCUGGAGAAGAUUUCUGCAAGUUCAAGAUCACUCAUGAGGAGUGGGUGGAUUUAGACCAAUUGGUCAAGUUCUGUGUGAGGGAGGAAUUGAAGGAGCAUGUCUUCAUCUUUUGCAAGCUGAUCGAGCGGGAGGCUUUUGAGUUUUGCAUCAGCCCAAUUGACCUGGUUUCUGAGAAGCACGUGGAGUUGGUUCGCUCCAAGUUUGUGGAGAUCAAUUUGCCAUCGGGUUUGGACAUCAGCAAGAAAUACAAGGUUGAGAAUUUACUCCAGUCCCCCCUGUUGCAAGAACUGGCGGCCAUUGAGAAGGAAUACAACAACAAUGAUUCCAUUGUUUUCACUGGUGACUUGGAGCCGACUUACGAUCUUGCCACUCACCUUCGCAAGAUCUGCAUCUCCAAGUCUCGGAAGGAAGCUGAGGACACUCUUGAGCUCCCAAUGGAGAGGCCUCAAUCUUCUCUUGACAAUCUCAGCAUUUCUCUUCCCCAAACUGUCAGCAAAAAUGGAAGCAGCAAGAGAGGCCCAGGGUCCAUCAUGUCGGUCUCAACCUUGCCAACCGAUGGAGCCAUUGCUAUGGAAAACAUGCAGCUGCCUAAGCACAGGACCAAAAAGCCAAAGGGCUAUGCCAUCUCAAGCAGAACCAAAACUCCUGCAGAAUUGAGUAUUCUUUUGCCUCCAAAGGGAUACGAGUACAUUCAUUCAAGGAAUAGCAGGACUUUGUUCAAGAAAACUGUUACUCAUGUGGACAAGAAGAAGAUAAUUAAGAUCUCUCCUAAAAAGAAGAAAGUUUCUGGUGGAUCAACAGUGUCCUUUGGCAGUGAAGCCACUCAGAGCAGCAUUGCCACUGCAGACACUUUGCUCAGCUCAAAUCAAAGCAUGCCGUUCUUGUAAGCCGCCAAGGUAGGAAGAAAGAAAGGAAGCAAACA